AUGCAACGGCUACGCGACCUGUUCAACGGCGCUUUCUCAAAACUGUCACCGAUACGAAGAAUACGUCGAAAACGCGCCUUCCGACUUCUGGAUCUUCCUUCCGUUCCUCUGUUGAAAUGUCUGGGAAUGUUCGGUACUAUUGAGCGGUAAGCGGAAUCUUUUGAUUUGAAUGAAAUAUUCAAUUUUCAAUUCUCAGGUGCCAUUUCUCGAAGUGCUCAAAGACCGCAAAGGCAGCUCUCAUGUCAUUGAAGAAGGAACCCAUCUUUUUUAUGGCUUAUUUCAAUCCUUGCUUCCAAAUGGAUCUUGGUUUCGGAGUGUAUCUAGAGAAUAGUCGCACGUUGUUGUAUAUUGACAAGACCACAGAUUCCACAUUUUUAAGGAGGGUAGCAAAAAGACCUGAACCUUGUUGGAAAGGACGGCAAUCGGAGCUGUUAGCAGAAGUGGAGCACUACAAAGAAGCUUUGCGAACUCCUUUGAAAGGGAUUGUAAUAAGUUACGAUCACUUUCAAGAGGGAGUUCGGGACAUUAUUGAUCACGUCAAUCGCCAGAAUUUCGUACUUGAUGUGCUUGGCAUCAGUGGCGGAUGUCCGAAUGAAGAAGAUGCUCGAUUCAUUCUGGACAACUGCAAAGCCACCAAUACCCUUAUAUUUCUAUUAAUAUUUCCCCGAUACUUUCGUUAUGAAUUCAAAUUAGUUGGGAGGGGUGUGCUUAUCUCUCAUUCCUACUGGUUAACAAUUGAUAACAUUAUCUCGAUGGACUGUGCGAUCAUCCAACUGGAAGGUGCAGAGUUCACACAACAAGACCUCAACCGAUUCGUCAAACUCUGGAUGGCUGGAGCGAAUCCCCGUUUGGAGAAUUUAUUGAUGUUCAGAAAUAUACGAGCGAAAGUCACUCUUAACAAGUUUGACAUAGUGGAUGGUAUACAAUUUGUCGAAAUUGAUGACACGGUCGAACGGCAUUAUUUAGUGUAAGUUUACAAAAUAAAGAGUCUUUGAGAAUAGUUCAUUCUUCAGGAAAGAAAAAGCAAUGUCACCGCUAAAGAUGACUUGUUCGGGUGGGCUGGACAUUGUGAGGCAAGAUGGUGUAAAAGCGACGAUCGAGAGUUAUUCUUGCGACGAACUGGACAUGCAUCUAUUCAUUUUCAUUGUUUGGCCUCAUUCAUCUUCCGAGUGGUUGGAGAUUGACCACUCUUAUUAGCUCUGUUCGUGGAAAUAUCGAUUUGUUUACCGUUUUGGAGUGAUAUUAUAAAAUCGGUUGAUUUUUCCAUAACUUUUCCUAUGUUCUCUGUAUUGUCCAGGGUAUUUGACAUCGUUUUUUGUGCUAGCCUGAUUGAAUUUCCAUUUGAUUCCGACAAAAAGCAUUUACAAACACUGAUAAGUCUAAGAAUUUGUGGAAAUAGGAUGCACAAAAAUCGAUUUCUCAGCCGAAUCGGCAAUUUUCAGAGGUUAACGGGGCGUGGCUUGGCGGUGACAGUCGAUGGUUCAGCUGAAAUUCGUGGAAAUUAUGUGCUGGCUUACAAAACAAUCAAGAAACAGUUUGUGCGAAAGUUAAAUUUCUUGUAACUUUCUUACCUCCGGAAGCUUCCGACAACUUUCGAAGCAAAUACGCCUGCUCCCACAGUACUCCCUGUAAAUACUGCAUUAAAGGCGCGUAACAAGUUUGUUGCGAUGGUCCCGUAGCGAUGGUUACAUUUUCACUUGACGGUAAAUGCAAUCAACCUAGAACAUUCUAUUUUCGGAAAAAUCUUUUUAUUUAAAAUUUUAAGAAAUCAAAAAAUCAAAAAUGCGUGAUUCUGAUGCUCAAGAGCGUCAUCGUGACUUAAAAUCGAUCAGAAUUCUAUGUUAACAACACAUCAGUCAAGGAACGAAUCGCCGCUCUGCAAGCGGUCGUAUCCAAGAAGAAAGUUCCGAUCGCGAAGGUAGACAGUGUUGACGAGAAGGAGGAGAUGAUGGUGCUGAACAGAACGGAAGACCUGGAGCAAUCUGUUCUGGAAGUGAGACCUCAAUCCAACGUGGUUAGCUGUGAAUAAUGCAGUCAUCAGUCAUGAAGUGACGUAUUUACAGUUAAACUCGGACGGUUCGAUCCGACGACGCCAAGUCAGAUUCAUGCGGGGAUGCUGCGUCGUGCAGUAA